AUUUUCCAUUUUUCUUAUCUCUGCAACUCCAAUGGUGGUUUCUCUUCUCCUUCUCGGAUCACCCAUCUCCCACUACUCUUAAUCAGUUCCUAUCUCUUCCACCCAUCUUCUUCUCCCCCAUGGAAACAAUCUUCUCUCCUCAUUCUCUCUGUUCUCUCCCAAAACCCUAUUUCUCUCCAACCCUCCAACCCAGAUUCAAUCCCACAAAACCCAUUUCUUCUCUCCUCAAGAAACGAUCGAUUCAAGUAUCAAAUCAGCCAUCUAUUUCAAUACCCAGAAAUUGGGUAACGUUUAUAAACCAAGGAUUAGCAGCAAUUGCUCUGUCCCUUGCACUUAAUCUCUGUCCAAUCUCUGAACCUGCAUUAGCGUCUGAGUUUGAUGUCAUCAAUGAAGGCCCUCCUAAAGAUACUUACGUUGUAGAUGAUGCCGGAGUUUUAAGCCGGUUAACAAGAUCUGAUUUGAAACGACUGUUAUCUGAUUUGGAAUCAAGAAAGAACUUCCGUAUCAAUUUCAUCACUGUCCGCAAGCUGACUAGUAAAGCUGAUGCUUUUGAAUAUGCUGAUCAAGUAUUAGAACGUUGGUAUCCAUCUCUUGAAGAUGGAAACAAUAAAGGAAUUGUUGUUCUUGUAACUAGUCAGAAAGAAGGUGCUGUAACAGGUGGUCCUGAGUUUAUCAAAGCCGUUGGCGAUGCAAUUCUUGAUGCUACUGUUUCUGAGAAUCUACCCGUUUUAGCAACUGAAGAGAAGUAUAAUGAAGCGGUUUAUACGACAGCUAAACGAUUGGUGGCUGCCAUUGAUGGGCUUCCUGAUCCGGGAGGUCCUCAGUUUAAGGAUAACAAAAGGGAAUCGAAUUUUAAGUCAAAGGAAGAGACUGAUGAGAAGAGGGGACAGUUUACUACUGUUGUUGGAGGGCUUUUGGUUAUUGCAUUUGUUGUUCCAAUGGCACAAUACUAUGCUUAUGUAUCUAAGAAAUGAUUUUUUUUCUUUGGUUCUUAUGAAAUAUGUGACAUGUAGAGAUAACAAUCGAUUGAUGUUCGUCGAUCGGAUAAAAUGAAAUCGUUUAUACUUUAUAUUUUCAA